AUAUUUCCCAUUUGGUUCAGUCUGUUUCUAGCAUCCGAACCAAACGGCUGUAAAAUACCAAAAAAAUAAUAACUAAAAAAGCGUAGAAGGAUGGCAAACGUUAUCAAGAAAGUCGUGCCCAUGCUGGAUCGCAUUUUAAUACUGCGUGCUGAGGUCAAGACUACAACAGCCGGCGGUAUUUUACUUCCAGAGGACUCUGUGCCCAAGGAGAUGCAGGGCGUUGUCGUUGCUGUGGGCCCCGGUGCUCGCAAUCCCGUUGGUGCUGGACACUUGCCUGUGGCCGUCAAGGAGGGUGAUCGUGUGCUCUUGCCCAAAUAUGGAGGGACCAAGGUGGACAUGGAUGACAAGCGCGAAUAUGUGCUAUUCCGCGAGAGCGACAUCCUGGCCAAGUUGGAAUAAGUCGGUGCCAAGUUAGUUCAUUGCCGGCCAGUUCUUAACAAGCGUCACACGUUGCAGACUGAUCAGAGCCUAAGACUCUGAAAUCAAACACUGUUCCGUUACAAAUCAAAACUCCCUUGCGUUCGAAACUAAAUGAUUGAUGAAAUGUUGUAUUUGGUAGCUAGACACUAAAGGUAACAUCAAAAAAUUAAUUUAAGAGCACACGUCACCCGCGGACUUACCCAGUUAUGUUAGGACACGACAAUAAACAAUUGUUCAGAUUGCGUUUUUUCUUUAAAGAGCAUUAAAAAGAAA